UUGCAUUUCCUCCUUUUUUCAUUCUUUCUUUUUCUUUCUUUCUCACUCACUCACUCGCUCUCUCUCUUUCUCUCUCUUUCUCUCUCUAUGUCUGUCUAUCUCCCUCUCUAUGUCUAUCUCCUCUCUCUGCUUCAUACUUUUCUCAUCAUUGUUUUAAUUCACAUGAUUGACUUCUUUCCAUUUCUCUUUACCCUCUUUUUCUCUAUCUCCCACUCAUUUCUAUUUUUUAUUCUUUAUUCCUUUCUAUUUUACCACUUUUUCUUUCGCUCUCAGUUUUUUUCUCUCUUUCUCUUGUUUUUAAAAAGUAAUUUCUUUUCUUUUCUUUUCCGUAUCUUCCUUUCGUUUUUCUACACACUCUCCCUCUCUAUCUAUAUAUCUAUUUUUCCUCUCUUCAUUCGCACUCAAUUUGACUCUUAUUCUUGUUAUUCAUUUCCAUUUUCAAAGGAUGCAUUGUUUCUUUUUAUUCUAUCACUUCUCUGUUUAUCCCCCUCUCAUCCCUCGCUCUUUACUCUCCCACUUCUCUACCUUUCUUUUUCUUCGUUUCUGUUUAUCUUACCCUCACUUUCCUUCUACUUCUUUGUUUAUUUAUCUCUCUUUUCGUUUAUUUCUAUUGUUAUCGACCCUCUCUUUCUCUCUCUCUCUCUCUAUCUAUCUAUCUAUUUAUCUAUCUAUUUCUUUAUCUAUCUAUUUUCUCUCUCUUUAACUCAUCCCAUUUCUCUCUUUCUUUCUCUCUCUCUCUCUCUCUCUCUCUCUCUCUCUCUCUCACUUUGCAUUUCUAUUUUACGCGCUCACCAGGAUUUAGAGCAAAAGACAGAGACAGACGGACAAGCAAGCAAACAAGACAAAUGGGCAACGUUUCUCUCUCUCUCUCUCUCUCUCUCUCUCUCUCUCUCUCUCUCUCUCUCUCUCUCUCUCUCUAUCAAUCUAUCUGAAUUGGUCAUCCUUCCCCCUUUCUCUUAUGUUCCUCUUCUACCUUCUCUCUUGUUCCUCCUCUCCUAUUUUUACUUCUCUUCCUCCUCUAGUUUUACUUCUUUCCAUCUCUCCUUUCUUUAUCUUGUUUCUCUUCCUCCUUCACUAUUUCUUCUCUGUUCAUCUUCCCUCUAUUUUUUCUGCUCCUUCUUUCCUAGUUUUCUUCUGGUUUACCUUUUUUAUCUUUAUGCUCAAGCCGAGCAAUUAAACGAAGAACAAAUCGCAGAAUUCAAGGAAGCCUUUAACCUUUUCGACAAAGAUGGUGACGGUGCCAUCACCACCAAGGAACUUGGAACUGUAAUGCGCUCUUUAGGACAAAAUCCAACAGAAGCCGAAUUGCAGGACAUGAUCAACGAGGUGGAUGUCGAUGGAAGUGGUACGAUUGACUUUCCAGAAUUCCUGACCAUGAUGGCGCGAAAAAUGCGAGACAGUGACACGGAGGAAGAACUCCGCGAAGCUUUCCGCGUCUUCGAUAAAGAUGAAAAUGGCUACAUUUCGGCGGCUGAAUUGCAUCAUGUAAUGACCAACUUAGGGGAGAAACUGACUGAAGAAGAAGUCGAUGAAAUGAUUCGAGAAGCAGAUAUUGAUGGCGACGGACAAGUUAAUUAUGAAGAAUUCGUGAAGAUGAUGACAUCAAAUCUGGUAUGGAUUAAACUCUCUCUCUCUCUCUCUCUCUCUCUCUCUCUCUCUCUCUCUCUCUCUCUCUAUCGAUCUAUCUAUCUCUCAUCUAUCUGGUUUCUCUCUCAUUCUCUCUCUAUCUCUUGA